CAUGAAAUACCUCACCCUUCUCCCAGCGCUGGUGUUCGCGGCGAGGGUCAUUGCGUUUCCUACCUAUGCCUCGUUGGCCGGCCUCAGCGAGCGAGAAUUAGGCGCUAUCCUUCCUACUCCGAGUAUCAAGAGCCAGAAUUACCGCCUGGACCUCUGGAGGACACCUCGGCCAAAUUGGUGAAUGAUGAGGCACACCCGUGGCAACCAUUGCGACCAGAGGACAUCCGUGGGCCUUGUCCUGGCCUUAAUACGUUGGCAUCUCAUGGGUACCUCUCAAGAAAUGGUGUUGCAACCCCGGCACAAAUCAUCAACGCGGUUCAGGAAGGAUUCAACAUGGAGAAUACACUCGCAGUCUUCGUGACGUACGGCGCUCAUCUUGUGGACGGCAACCUCAUUACGGACUUGCUGAGCAUUGGACACAAGACCCCGCUCACAGGGCCAGAUCCUCCAGCCCCAGCUAUUGUCGGUGGACUCAAUACUCAUGCGGUUUUCGAAGGUGACGCUAGUAUGACUAGAGGUGACGAUUUCUUCGGCAACAACCAUGAUUUCAAUGAAACGCUCUUCGACCAGUUCGUUGACUUCAGUAACAGAUUCGGAGGAGGAAAGUACAACCUUACGGUUGCGGCAGAACUCCGCUUCAAGCGUAUCCAAGACUCGAUCGCGACCAAUCCCCGAUUCUCCUUGGUUUCACCUCGAUAUUACACCGCCUACGCCGAGUCCGUCUUCCCUGUCAAUUUCUUUGUCGACGGACGAAAGAACGACGGCCAGUUGGAUAUGGACGCUGCACGCGGAUUUUUCCAACAUAGCCGUAUGCCCGAGGGUUUCUUCCGCGCAAACGGGACACGAGGCGCAGAAGGAAUGGACCAAGUCUUCUUGCCUCAUCCUAUCCAGCCUGGAGGCAAUGUUGGCGAGGUCAACAGCUACACCCUUGAUCCAACAUCCGCCGACUUUUCCACUUUCUGCCUGUUGUACGAGAACUUCGUCAACAUAACCGUCAAGGGACUCUACCCGAACCCGACGGGAGACCUUCGCAAGGCGCUGAACAGAAAUCUCGAUUUCUUUUUCCUGGGGAUGAACGGCACUGGAUGUGCGCAGGUAUUCCCCUACGGGCAAGAUUGA